GCUCCCAGGCUCCCGGCACCGGUGGGGCCCUCGGUCUCCAUGGGGCUGAGGGACUGGUUGAGGAGCGUGUGCUGCUGCUGCUGCUGCUGCUGCUGCCCGUGCAAGUGCCCGGAGGAGCCUGCCCUGCUGGAGAAGGAGCCCCUGGUCAGUGAUAGCAGUCCACAUUCCUCAUUUGGAGCAAUUCUGGCAAGGGAUGAUGAAAAGAAUUUAUGGAGUAUGCCCCAUGAUGUGUCCCACACAGAAGCAGAUGAUGACAGAAUCCUGUACAAUUUGAUUAUCGUUCGUAAUCAGCAGGCCAAAGACUCAGAGGAGUGGCAGAAACUCAACUAUGAUAUCUAUGCCCUGCGGCAGAUUCGAAGGGAAGUGAGAAGCAGAUGGAAACGCAUUUUAGAAGACUUAGGUUUUCAAAAGGAAGCAGACUCUUUGUUGGCAGUGACUAAGCUCAGCACCAUCAGUGAUUCCAAAAACACAAGGAAGGCUCGAGAGAUGUUGUUAAAACUGACUGAAGAGACCAAUAUUUUUCCAACAAAUUGGGAGCUCUCAGAGAGAGAUCUCUUUGUUGUGGACCGUCUCAUUGCACUUGACGCUGCAGAGGAAUUCUUUAAAAUUGCUAGUCGAACUUACCCCAAGAAACCUGGCAUCCCAUGCCCUGCAGAUGGCCAGAAAGAACUUCACUACUUUCCACUUCCAAGUCCCUAAAGCAGGGGCUCCAAGGCACAGGAUGGGAAUUCUUCCACCGGGACUCAGCAGCCAGAAAAAGUACAUGUAAAAGAGAGUAGCAGAUAGAAGGGCUGCUGAGCGAAGAGUGAUGCUGAAUCCCAUAGAAAAUGCCAGGUCUUCACAAGGACCUUCUUCUAAGAAAUGUUCACGUUGCGUUGAAACCCUCUGGUGGUCUCAUACAUCCAGAAAGCAAGCUGGAGCGUUGGCCAGUGGGACCGUUCAUCGUGCGUGAUUACAUUCCAAGAGCCCAUUGUCCCAAUGUUAAGUUUUGGUUGUACAAUUAGCUCUGAACAUUAUUUCUAUUGAGAGAGCAGAAUAUUCUACUUAAUAAAAAAUACUUGUAGAAAAAGCUACCCUUGAACCCAAAGACGAAU